ACUUUCAGAGAUCCUGUGUCUCUGAGCUGCAGCCACAGCUUCUGUUCAAGCUGCCUGCAGAAAUUCUGGAAACAAGCUGAAAACAAAAACUGUCCCAUUUGUAAAAGAAAAUCCUCAAAAGAUUUUGUGGUGAACUUUUCACUGAAGGAACUGGCUGACUCUUUUGCUGGGAGACAGAAAACUGGUUCACCUGAGACAGAAAAAGGAGAGAAGAAGGUGGAGGUGGUGUGUAGUAAACAUGGAGAAGAGACUAAACUGUUCUGUGAGGAUGAAGAGAGAGUUGUGUGUCCUGUCUGUGAGCUUUCUCUCCACCAGAGUCACAAGGUGGUUCCUGUAGAACAAGCAGUCAGUGACCUGAAGGACCAGCUGAGAUCUGACUUAGAGUCUCUGCAGGACAAGAGGGACAAACACAAACAAGUGGAGAAAACAUACAAUGAAAUGAUUCAACACUCCAAGAAGCAGCUGUUGUCCACAGAGAGGCAGAUCAGAGCAGAGUUCAACAAGCUCCACCAGUUCCUGAAAGAGGAAGAGGAGUCCAGACUGGCAGCUCUGAGGGAGGAAGAGGAGCAGAAGGGGAAGACCAUCAGCAGAGAGAUGAAGAUGAUUCAGGAGCAGAUCUCCUCUCUGUCAGACAGUAUCUCUGCUGUUGAAGAAGACCUGCAGAAACACAAGGUGUCAUUCCUCAGCAGUUAUAAAGCCACUCAGACCAGAGCCAGAGUCCAGUGCUCACUGUCAGAUCCACAGCUGGUCUCAGGAGCGCUGAUAGAUGUGGCCAAACACCUGGGCAACCUGUCCUUCAGAGUCUGGGAGAAGAUGAAGGACAAGGUCCACUUCAGUCCUGUCAUUCUGGACCCAAACACUGGAAACCGCUGGCUCUAUCUGUUUGAUGAUCUGACCAGUGUGAGAAAUGGAGACACAAACCAGCAUCUUCCUGACAAUCCAGAGAGAAAGACUAAUUAUGCCAAUGUUCUGGGCUCUGAGGGCUUCAGCUCAGGGAAACACAGCUGGGAGGUGGAGGUGGGAGACCAUCCUGACUGGAAUGUAGGUUUGGCUAAAGAGUCAGUUGACAGGAAGGGAAAGCGAUCUGCCUCACCAAAAUAUGGAGUCUGGUGUUUAUCACAUCGCAAUGGAAAAUACACUAAUGGAGCUGGUGAGACUGUCAGAGUGAAGAAGAGUCUCCAGAGGAUCAGAGUCCAGCUGGACUAUGACAGGGGGGAGGUGUCCUUCUACGACCCUGAAGACAUGACUCACAUCUACACUCACAGAGACACUUUCACUGAGAAACUCUUCCCAUAUUUUUUUAUUGGAGAGGCUGGUGAUGCUAAAACUGCUGAUAUCAAAAUCUGUCCAACUGAUAUUUCUCUGUGAUGUUCAGGGAGGGUGGUGAGGUCUCAGUGAUUUAUCAGGAUUAUUAUAAGGUUUUUUUUUUGUUUGUUAGUUACAGACAAUUCCAGUUAGUUCUUCAAUUUGAGUGUUUAGUGUUAUUUACACCACUGCUAUGUAUAGGUAGCUACUGAUGCGACAUAUCUUUGGAAAGCUGAUCAAUAACAUUCAAUACUAAUCCACAGAUCAAUAACAUUCAAUAGUAAUCCACGGAUCAGAUGGCCGCUGCACUCUGAUCUUUUGAUUGACACCUCAUUUGACCCAUUAGGAGCUUCCAUGUCCAGUCUACAGCCGACAACAGCCAACGAGAACAACCUUAAGCUUGCUUUUUUAAAUUAAUUUUAAAAAGUCUUUGAUUUUAGCCUCUUACCUUGUUUAUUUCGUACAUUUUAGAAUUAUUUUUCAUGUUUCAAUUUUCAAAUUUAUUUUCUGUAUGAAAUCAUUCAGAUUUAUAAAUAGUUCAUUUUAAUGAAAUAACAUCAUUUGACUGUUCAGAAUGGACCCAACAGUGAAUGAUUAUGUAAUAAUUAACCUGUUAUUCACCAUAUGUGACUGUUAUGUUCUAAAUGGUGUUUGUGGUGUAAAUAUCCAGAUAACAGACGAGUAGAUUAACUGUGAUCAUUUUAUUUUGACGUAUAUCUACUUGUUUUUUUUUUUUUACCAAUGAACAACAAAAUUAAGUUUGCAUUUAAAAGGCUAUAAUUUUAAAUCAAGUUGCCACAGAAAGCCUCAUCUUACCUUGUUUAUCUUUGACAUUAAACAAUAACUUCAUUGUGGUUUUAUAUAGUAAACUGGUUACUUUCAUAAAUAAAUAGUUUGGUUCCUUCAGUUGUUUUAUUUGCAAAGAAAAGAGUUUAGCACUGAAUAAUGUUCUAUUCAUUUUAUAUCCUUCUGAACUAAUAUUUUUAGAGUCAACAUAAUCAGAUAUAAAAUUGAUGCUGUUGAUGUAAGGUUAAAAUGUUAUACUGUUUAGUUCCACAAGGUGGAGACAAAGUUCACAUUUUGGUUCUAAGCUGGUGAAAAUGUUGAUAAGUUUAGUUCCACUUUCUGGCACCUUUUUUUUAACAUACAUAUUAUUGUU